GCUGGUGGUCAGCUGUCUACUUUUGGUCUUAUAUUCAUAAUUUUCUUUUUUCAACUAACUCAAAAUAUGUUUGCCUUUCACUAGCUGCUAUACACGAACUUUUGGACUUAUUAAUAUAAUAAAAUUAUAUUUAAUUUGAUUGCUUUCACAAUUGUUGCAUUUGAACAUUCAAAUUUAUUAGUCCUUUUUAGAGCUCGAAUUGUGUGGGGUAAAAUUAUAAAUAUUGUUAUCAAUUGGAGUCCUUGUGGCUGAAGAACAUGUUGAGAGUAAAUGAUAAUUAUUACCACGAUUUUAUAGAUAAAAUAUGAUAACGGUAUAGACAUGAUAUCUAAGCGUGGGUAAACAGUCGUAAUUGUCCAAGAAAAGCUGCUAAUUUCUAACAGGAGGCCUAAUCAAGCAUGAUGCACAUGUGGAUGUGGUCAGGAUACGACAUAGGAGAGUUCCUGUUCUCGGGGCUGUGGGUCAACACGCAGUGGGCCUUCGCCCUCACGUGGCUGGCGCUGUUCUUCGUCGCUAUGCUGUUUGAGGGCUCGAAGGUGUUCCUGGCCGAGGUACAGCGUCAAGCUCAGAAGAAACUGUACCCCUACAGGUCAGACGAGAGAAGAAAUUUACUAUGUGAAAGAGAACAAAGCAACCCAAUGGAGCCGACUACGAGUCGCAACGCCAGCACCGGUCAGGUCAGCAGGUGGUCCUCCUUCAGGGUCAGGGCCCUAGUGAACUUCUACCAGUCGGCAGUGUUCGUCACUCACAACGUGGUUGGCUACCUGCUGAUGUUAGCUGUCAUGAUAUACAACAUACAUCUCAUACUCGCCGUGGUCUUCGGCAUGAUGGUAGGGUACUUCCUAUUCGGCACAUCGUUGACCAAACUGCAAAUGAAAUGCUUCAGCACCAAGCGAGUGGUCAUCUGCACUCCGGAAUGUGACGACACAGCAGGUACAACACCGCCUCUAAUAGACUCUAGUUCCGAAUCAGACUUUUUUAUCUGUCGCACACGGACAUGCAUUCAGCCCUCGCACUACUUCCCCACCGCGUCGGGCUCCGGCGACCAGCCAACCUGCCAUUAUGGCGCCAAAAGCUGCCCCUCGAAGGUAGCUAAACGCGGGAAAACACAACCGAACAUAACCAUUCAAAAUAACGAUAAUUCCCAAGAAAGUGAAAAAGAAGACAGUCCUAGCGUCGAAGAUGUACAACUUCUGAGAACAGAAAGGCAGGGUUGCUGCAAGGAAAAAGUGGAGAAGUGUAAAUCUAGUCAGGACACAAGUGUGAUUGUGCACGAACAGUGCUGUAAGAAAGAGAGGGUCCGAGAGGAGUCACCGGACAGAGUGAGAGAGGUGACUCCACAGAUUACGUGCUGUCACUCCACAGCGCCUUCGGAGAGUCAGGAACAGAUUAUGUAGCGAAAGAUGAAGGGUAUGUGUAGACAAUAUAUUUUUUUAAAUAAAUAAACUGGCAAAGCCUUAUUAUAAUUAUAUAGCUUAAUUAUAUAAAGUCUAUGGUUGAGAUGAAAGGUUAGGACAAUACUUUGGCGGGCAAGUAAAAAAUAUUGAUAGUGAAAUUGGGGUGCUAUUUGCAAGCUAGUGAGUGACAUAAUAAAAUGCGCCAUAGCUGAAUUUAAUUCGAUCCAAAUAAUUUCAAUAGAUGCAUCGCUUUAAAUUAAUUUUCUUUUAGUAAUUCACAAAGUUUUUAAAUAGCAUCACAGUUGGCGCAGGCUGUGGUCGUCGGCCGAUAUGCUCAUUUUAGUGCAUAAAUGUCUUAGGGAAGCUAUUAUUUUCUGUAAAUUGAAAAGUAUUCAAUAUCGAGUAGAGAUAUGCUCAUUGUAGGCAAAAUAUAUUUUUAGCUGUACAUAUUAUAUAGGAUAGUUUUUUACAUAUCAAUAAUUUUAGAUAGUUUCGAAUUUAUUUUUAGUGACCAGUUUGGGAUUUUUUCAAUUGGACUUCCAACGAUCAAAUUUUGAUAUAAUAAUUAACGUAACUUUUAUAUUCAUAAGUUGUUUUUGUUUUAUAUCUGAUGAAAAUAAAAUAUUGUUUAUUUACUAUAAAAAUCAAAUUUCAUUAUUUUAUUGUGUGGUGUAGCGUAAUCUAAAAAAUAAAAUAAUUACUUGUAAUUGUUCGUAGAUGAGAUACUCAUUUGUAUGGCCAAAUUGUUACGAAAGGAAUAUUUUUUGACUAAGAUUAUUUUAAUAAAAAAAAAUUAUAGAAUAUGUUUUGUUUAUAAUAUGACGGACAAAUGUUUGUUAAUGUGUUCAUAAUUAACUAUAAUUUUCGCCAUAGUAACCUCUAGAAUGUUUAGUACCUGUUAGGGCGAGUGCCUUGUAAUGUUUGCUAGUUAGUGCUAAAUAAGUAAACUUAAAAAGUUAAUUUUGACAUUCUCGGCUUAAAAUGGUUUUUGUGAAGAACCAUUCGAAAAAAUUAUCAAUAAUUCGCUUGUUCAGUUCAAUAAUAGACCCCUGACUGCGUGUCUAUUAUAAAACCGACUUUAUUGUUAUAGUUAUACAGUUUUAAUUGCAACAUCCACAGAGCAUGGAAUGCUAUGACCAUUCCUAGAGUUAUUGGUGAGCCCUUGUGGUACAUAGAUUUGUCUUUAUCGAAUUGUUGCCUAAAAUGUUUCCUGCCAUUGUGAUAAUUAAAUUGUUACAAUAAACUAUUAUGAUAGU